AUGUCCUAUGACACGCGGACGCUCGUGUAUCCCAACAAUAUGCGGGUGUGGCCACACGAAGCGCAAGGAUUCAUAGGUUUGCUACUGCAAAGGACGGGCGUAUCCGACGGUCAAUAUCGCCGCAUUGGGUUCAUGAGAGUCUGGUCUUGUGAUCAGGGUUCAUCAUUCUGGAAAGAGUCACGAAGAUACUUUGAGGACGCAUUUACGUCCAAGAGCAUCAGAGAGGACGACUAUCAAGACUUCGACGGCAUACAGACUUAUACAAUCGAAAUUGACAUAGCUUUCACGAAUAAGCUGUUCAACCCGCUGUGCUCCACGGCGCCAGAGUCUGAUGCAGUCGUUGCGUUGAAGAGCGAAAUCAUCAGGUAG